AUGGCCAAUGCAGGAAAUUUGGUAUACCCAAGGAGCUUCAAUCCAAUAUUCAAACCACACCACUCCACAGAUAAGCUCAACACCUUCAGGUUGCUCUCUCGAAUUCACUCUUACAAUAAUAAUGUCACUCUCACUGUCACUGCUUCUUCCAAAAGAAAGGAUGACUUCAACUCUCCUUUGAUUGGGAAGAACACCAGCAGGGCUGCUCGCCGUUUGAUCACAAUAUCACCAGGUGAUGGAAGAUAUCAAGGGGAUUGGACAAGUGAUUAUCUCGUCUCUUUACACGACCUAGACUUACAGGAUUUGAUUGAAGAUGAUGAUAACUCACAUAAGAAUGCACAAGUUUUCAUCAACCUUUCCGUCCAAAAGCAUGCUAGCUUUGGUUUAUCGGUGGAUGGAAGAGUCACCACAUCCUUCACUAGAAAGUGCAGCAACUGUUCUACUCCCUAUUGCCGACAGAUUGAUGCAAAAUUUAACGUAUGGGUUCUCAUAGCACCUAAAGAUGAUCGCAAGAUACCAUUACUUGAUAUUGGAGGUGACCCUAAUGUGAUAUAUGUUAGACCUGGACACGAAGUUGAUCUUGAUUCUCUUGUACAAGAUGCCAUCCGGCUAAACUCCGCAGUAAAAGACUCUUGCUCGGAAUUAUGCGAGAAAACCGAGGGUACAAUACAAUAUAUGACUGGACAAAGUCAGGCCUCUGUUGAUAAAAGGUGGUCUAGACUAUUGACACUGAAGAAAGCAAAUUUAUGA